AGUGCUCAAGGCGGUUGCCUUGGUGUCCGGAACAACGGCAAAUGCCUUUUCACGUAAACAAACUUAUUUUAAACAUUUUUUCAUCGUGAAUUUAUGUUAAAAUUAACAAAAAAAUCGCCACAAUGACAUCUCUAGAUUUAAGACAACAAAAAUUAGAACAACAGCGGCAAUUAAUUGCCCAGAAAAUGAAGCAAAAAAGACAAACCGGUGCCAGUGGAAUGGUUCAAGCUUCUAAUUUAUCAGCAACACAACUCACGAGUCACUCAACAAAAUGGUUAAAUCCAAACAAGGAACUUCACGGAUACGAUGGACCCUUACAAUUUACAAUGUCACCGGGAAAUCCUGACAUUGGUUUAUUGCCUGAAAAUAAAACUAUGGAGACUGAUUUAACUGAUAUAACCACGGAUGGAACAUUUUACGAUGGAGCUGAUGAAGAAUCAUCACCCGUUGAUUUACAAACUCAUCCCGAAUCAUUUCCAUCACAAUCGCCUUUAAGAGUUGCGCCCUCAGAUGCGCCAACUGUUGUUAUUAACAGAGAUAAUCUUACAUCGAGUCCAGAAGCUGAGGGAAACGUCGAAGGAAAUAUCGAGCAAUUUGUUCUUCAACCGGCGAACAAAAAAAUGCAUUACAAAUGUCGAAUUACUCGCGAUCGUAAAGGCAUGGAUCGAGGAUUUUAUCCAACUUACUUUUUACAUUUGGAGCGCGAUUAUGGAAAAAAGGUAUUUUUAUUAGCGGGCCGUAAACGAAAAAGAAGUAAGACAAGUAAUUAUUUAAUAUCAACGGAUCCAACGGAUCUUUCGCGAGGUGGCGAAGCGUACAUUGGAAAAUUGCGCUCAAAUCUUUUAGGCACACAAUUCACCGUUUAUGAUAAUGGAUAUUCUUUGAUGAAGGACGAUAAACACGAGGGACGUUCAAAUCCACGUCAAGAAUUGGCAGCAGUUGUUUACGAUACAAAUGUAUUGGGUUUUAAGGGUCCAAGAAAAAUGACUGUCAUCAUUCCUGGCAUGACGCCCGAUCAAAAGAGAAUUCAAAUUUGCCCACAGGAAGAUUCGGAAACUUUACUUGAAUGCUUUAAAAUGAAAAAUAUGGACAAUUUAAUUGAACUUCAUAAUAAAACUCCCGUUUGGAAUGACGAUACACAAUCGUAUGUUCUUAAUUUUCAUGGAAGAGUCACGCAAGCAUCGGUGAAAAAUUUUCAAGUUGUUCACGACACUGACGUGGAUUAUGUCGUGAUGCAAUUUGGUCGAGUGGCCGAAGAUGUUUUCACAAUGGACUACAGAUUUCCUUUGUGUGCACUUCAAGCAUUCGCCAUUGCGCUCAGCAGUUUUGACAGUAAAUUAGCAUGUGAAUAAUUAUAUUAAUUAUAAUAAUUAUAAUUAUAACAAUAAUUAUUACAAUAACUAUAAUUAUUAUUAUAAAAAUUAUAAUUAUUAUAAUGUGAAUAAUUAAUUGAUACAGAGAGGAAGAGAAAGAGAGAGAAUGUGUCUGUGUGUGUCGAAAUUUUUCAUUUAUCAAAUCAGACAAUCACAAAGUUUCAGGCCGUUUUAAAAAAUCGGCUUCGAUUUCAUAUUAAGACAAAAACUUGCCUUAAUAUUUUUUUUCUUUACAAAAGAAUUGCAUUAAUAAUUAUAAAUAUAAGUAAUAUUAUUAUUAUUAUUAUUAAUAAAAAAAAUAAUAAUAAUAAUAGUAUCAAUGUAAAGAAAAAAUAUGAAAAAAGAAAAUAAUGUAAUUGAAGUUAAAAAGAAGAAGUCGAUAAAAUAUUAACGACCCGAAGGGCAAUAUUUUUUGCCAAUUGAUAAAAAGGAGUCGUGCAAUGAAAUUAUUUUUUUUUCUUUUUUUUUUAAAGUUGGAAAACGAAACACCAACUGACGAAAAUAAGACUUUCGUUUAGAUUCUUUAGAUUUAUAAAUAAAUAUUUAAGGAGAUAA